AGUGAAUACCACACGAACAGGCAGCUAUAUUAAUCGAAACACCCCUGAGCUCAUACCGUGUCUAGCCAUAUCAUGGUUCCACCUCUUUUCGAAUAAAUAUUGAUAGACUAAAGAGACAAUUUCUUGUACACAUUUUUCUCUUUCACGAAAUACUCGCAAAUCGAAUAAAUCGCAAUAUAAUAUUUGAAAGCAUAGUGCUUACACACUUGAAAUUGAAAGGGUGUGUAAGGAAACGACAGCCCACGCUUCCCCUCCAGACAAUUCAACCGACCAGGACAUGUAAAGGACUAGCGUGUCCCGCCAACCUAACAGAGGAUCUUGGCCUACUUAAGGGAAAAUAAAGACAUCUAUAAGUUGAAAGUUGGAUCUUUUCUCAUAAGGUGAAUCACUAACCCUUAUAAGAUGGAUGUCAAACUUGAAGCCACGAAUCACUUAGAACAGUUCAGCAAGGCUGUUAAUAUAUUCAGGGACAGAGCAUUACAGAUUUUGAUAUUUAUUUUGUAUCGCAUUACCAGACGCCUAGUUCUUACGUUCCAGAAGUUUACCUGGGCUGUGACAGGUGUGGAACGAAUCAGACGAGACGCAGCUCGCGGGUUGAACUUCAAACAAAGCGCUCAUGUCCAGGAGAUAUUCUGGAAAAGGAAAUUUUUAGAUCAUUCCGUGGCCGAUCCUUGUCAUUUUAUUACUGUGCACAAAGGCUUCCGGCCACCAAACUGCAUUUUUAAACCCAAUGUCUCUCUGUAUUGUAUGACCCGGAAGGAGGCGGUAUUUGUUGAGGUCAAGGAGUCAGACAACGUUUACAAGGCCAAAAACAGCACUUGCCUAUACCAAAACCAGUAUCUGUUGGCGGUAAACGUCAUCACACUGCCGCUUGCGGCGUUUCAUAAGAUGGCCAGUGACGUAGGAAAUCCAAGAGUGCCUGUUACGUGGCUUGGGUGUACCGCCAGGAGUGGAUCUACAUUAAUUAGCCAGAUGAUGUUCCGAAUUCCAGGCAUGCUGGUCUUGGCCGAACCAGACGCCAUCACCACUCUAGGAUUCUUGUUUAAAACCAAGCAGAUUCAGCAGGGUGAAUACAACCAACUCUUGGCUAGCUGUGUCAGGCUGCUGUGUAAACCGGACGAUCGGUUCAGUGCCGUGUUCAUCAAAGCCAGACCGUGCACCACGAGCUUACUGGAAGAUAUCAUUCAAGUGUUCCCGCGCUUUAGGUAUUUAUUUAUGUACAGGAACAGUAUGAAGAGUCUUCUGUCUAACCUCAGCAUCUUCCAACAAGAUCCGGCACCAAAGGCUCUACGUUUCAUUAUGGACAAUGGCAUCCUGUCGACAUUUCUACCGUUUGUCAGAUCUCAUUUCUAUUACUACAAUGUGUUUCUAAACGAAAAGAAAGUGUCAGGAGUGGUUCCCAAAAAACUAGAUUCGGUGGGCAUUUGGACAUGUGCAUGGGCGGCAAGUGUGGCCCAGUGCGCCGAAUUGAGGUACAAAGGAUACAACAUAGGGUCAAUCUUGUACGAAGACUUCAUGAACAAUCCCAGGAGAUCCCUGUCUUUCUUGUUGCAGAAGCUGGAUGUCCGGGCAGAGCAUCUCGGAGUAGCGGCAGAAGCCCUGAAGGUGGACUUUAACAUAGGAGCAUCCCAUGAUCCCUCUAUGGACCCUCGCCGUGUGAUUCCAUCCGAGAGCAGACAGGAAGCAGAUAACAUUUUAAAGGCAUAUGGUCUACCCAAGAUGGGAGAGCGACUUGAGAUCUCUGGACUUUUGAAACUGGAAUAAAUUGAAUAGAAACAAUGAAGAAUAGUUAUAGUUGUAUAGAAUACCCACUAAACAAAUAAAGUAUCGAGUACAGGCUAUAAAUACUAAAUGUGUUCGUCCCAACAGAAAAAAAAAGCAUUUUUUAAAUCAACGAUAUAUUUUAAAUGAACAGAGAUUUGUAUAUAAAUAGAAUCGCAAAUUUGUAUUGAUUUGUAUCUGUACUAUUGUAGCAUGUGCCGUCACUAAUUUAUAUUGCAAGGGAAGGAAUCCAUGUUCUACGUUGUUUUUUUUUUUUUGAAGGUAAGAUUUGGAUAACCGAAGUCUGUGUUGAAAGAGUAUUCAGCAUUUCUGUUCUAAAAUUGUAUUAGAGAAAAUUAUAGGGACUUCUUAAUUUUUAUUGUGAGAUAUGAAAGUUUAUAUUAUGUUUCAUGUUAUAGGCCUAUUACUUUCCUCUCUUGAUACGCACAGUUCAAUCAUUCCAUUAAAAUAAUUUAACAGACAAUAUACAUUUAUUUUGACUCAUAAGAUAAAUCCUCGAAAAUGAAACAAGGUAAUUGGACUCAAUAUAGGCCCUAACGAUUUGAUUGUUAAUACUCAAAUUAACGUAUGACGCCUCGCAGUAAAAAAAAAAAAAGAUUUAAAAAAUUCAAUUGCUACUUGAUCGAAGUACUAACUGAACUUCCUCACAAGAGAGUCAAGUUCCACUCCGUCUCAACUAGAUUUAGGCCUACUGUUAUACUUAGAUUACCGGUACUUCUCUUACCCAAUCAUCAGACAAACUUUAUUGAUCAAUAGAAACAGUGAACAUUGAUAUAAAUAACUAGUAAAUUAACUCUUUCAAGUCCUAUUGUUAUGUUCUUAUUUAGUUUCAAAGAGAAGUUAUUCGUGAUUCAUUGUUAAUAGCUUGAUACAUAUACGUCUAUGGUUUAGACCGUAGGUAGCAAAAACAUUCACCUUCACCUACCCCUUAGUCUGUAGGGGCACCACACAAGAUUUGUUGACAGUCUUUCUCCAUUUCUCUGGUUUUUUUUGCUUUGGGUAGAACCUCUUUCAAUGACAAGCCCGUCUAUUCUUUUAUGUUAUCUUCCCAUCGCUUUUUCCAUCUCUUCUUUUUCCUGUUACUGUUCCCUGUAGGAAGGUCUUUUUUAAUUAUUUUUUUUUUUUUUUACAAUAGUUAGCAGGUCAUCGUGGGAUCCAAUCGCUGUAAUAACUAUGUCGCUAAUCUCUUCUUUUUGUGAUUGCGGUCUUUAAAUGUGAUACCCAGGAUCCUUCUGUAUCAUGACAUUCACGUAGGCCUACUGUGUAACUGUCAAAUUACAGAUUUGGUGGAAUGUGUUGAUGCCUGAUGAAAAAUGUCUGUGCAAACGUUGAUGCAGUGUUCGUGUGUGAUGGCUAAAUGCUGUUAACACAUAUGUUUAUGGUAUCAGUAAAGUGUGAGAUUUUUUUCUUCGAUGAUUGUUGUGUUACUUCCAUAGACAUAAAUAAAUAUAGACUGGAAGUAGGAAGUUAUUUUUAUUUGGAGGAAGUCAAAUAUGUUUGAUGUACUAUAUCUAUGUGAAAAAAAAAUGGCGGCAAUUGAGCUAUAAAUUCUAGGACUAACAUUUCAGCCAAUAUAUAAUUAUGAUCUUUAGUUUUGAAAAGUACAAAACUGCCAUAUUCCCAACAUUUUGCCUUUGUUUCAUAAUCAUAGACAUAGGCAAAUAUAUAUAGGUUUGUGAUGUGGAUCUAUGUUUGUUAACAUGGCUUCUUUAUUAAUGUAUGGCCAUUUUAAUUUUACACUGCUCAUAACUGCUGUAUAACUCAUACAAACUUAUCUUUUCCCAAAUGUUUCCCAUAAUAAUUUGUACUUUAUCGUCCAGUCUAUAUAUAUAUAUGUCUAUGGUUACUUCUUUCUUCGUAGGAUUACUCACAUAGCCAUAGUCUAUGAGACAACUUACAGAUUUUAGCCCUACAAAAGCUAUACCGGAAUAGAAUUUAACAAAACAAAAAUAAAGCGAAAAUUACAAACCACUUC